AACCUCAGGAGCAUCACCUGGGUCAAACAAGAAACUGAAGAUGUGUGCUUAGCAGCUGAAGCCACACAGGCAGAGCAUGAGCAUCUGGAGCAAGAACGCCUAUGCAUAGAACAAGAAACCAAAGCAGAGCUAUGCAAAGCUGAAAAGAAGAAACCCAGAAUCAACAAUUUCAAGAGUGGAAUGGCUGUAGGCAACACCCUCACCCCACGCCCAUCUCAGUAUGCAAUCCACAAGCUCAAAACCUUUGAGUAUGUCGAAUUGUGGUAUUUCAGCCCAGAUGGUUGCAAGGAAACCUCAGAUGAAGCAAAGUCAUCUGCAAAUGACACAUUUGGCUUUGCCAAAGUCGACGAUUUCAUCACUCUCAAACCAGUGGCUUCCUUCAAAGCAUCAUGCAAGGCCAUCCAGGAUCACAGCCUUGAAUGGUGCCAGUUCGACCUGGCCAAGAAUAACUUCCUCCUCUACAUUAACAAACUGAAUUGGCUGGAGAAACAUCAGUGCACUCUGACCAUGUUCUUUAUGAACAUUGUGGCGCACCCAUCUUGUUCUGAACCCUUCGGUGAACGAGCCCUACUCUUAUACACAGCUCAUGUGUGUUGA